CGGAAGUUUUCCAGUUUAUGACAGCUUGCCGCGCGUACAGGGCAUAGCUGCGGAAGGUUAGAGAUUUAUUUUUGUAAGGUUUGGAACAUCGACAAUCAUAUCACUGGUGUACAAUCAUGGACUUUAAUUCGGAACCAGUGAAAAAGAUACUUUCAAAGUACAAAUUUCGCGAUAGUGCCAUCGAGGAGCUUUUGAAAGUGCACCGUAUUCACCCUGACAUGGAAAUUCACGUUGGGUCUUUCACAUCCUCUGACAGAUUGCAAAAGGACCUGCUGAAAGUGGUUGGCAACAUCCCUGUGAAAUACCAAGGGCGAUCAUACAACCUCCCCAUUCUGAUGUGGCUGCUUGAGUCAUUCCCGUUCACUCCUCCGGUGUGUAUGCUGAGGCCCACCGCAAACAUGGUGAUUCGAGAGGGGCGGCACGUGGACGCACGGGGCCGAAUACACCUGUCUUCGCUGUCCAACUGGGACCAUCCCAAGACAUCUGUGAACGGGCUACUGGCACAGAUGAUUGCCAAGUUUGAGGAGGAUCCACCGCUGAGCACCAAGCCCACUGAAGAGGCCGAAGACCCCAAUGACUUGCUUGCUUACGUCUCCAAGCUCAAAAUGCAUGACGAUGGAAACCGAUUCGACUCCGUCAGUAAAGUCACAGUAAUUGGAAGUGGAGACCUGGGGAUGGCCACUGUGUUGAGUGUCAUGGCUAAGGGAGGUGUUGACAAACUGGUUUUGAUUGAGAUUCCAGAGAGCUCCUCAAAGAGCGGGACGAUGGAUUUGGAGAUCUUCAAUGUGCCUAAAGUGGAAGUUUCCAAAGACCUGUCAGCCUCCGCUGGCUCCAAGGUGGUGGUAGUGACUGCGAACGCGUGGAGCAACGAGCAGACGUACGCUGGCGUGGUGCAGACUAACGUGGACAUGUACAGGGCCAUCAUCCCAAGCCUGGCCCGCCUCAGCCCCAACGCCGUGCUCCUUAUCGCCUCCCAGCCUGUGGAGAUCAUGACUCACGUGGCGUGGAGGCAGAGUGGGCUUCCCCCGACCCACGUCAUCGGUGCGGGCUGCAACCUUGAGUCCGAGCGCCUCGCGCACAUCUUCAACGUGACGCUGGUGGCCAACAGCACGGGCAAACAGCCGUGGGUGAUCGGGGAGAUGUCCGAGGACAGGGUGGGCGUAUGGAGUAAUUUGACCACCGGUUUUGGUGUGCACCCUGAACUCACUCCUGUGUCUAACUCAACCAAGCCACUGAUUGACAGAGGGUUUGAGUUGCUGCAGGGGAAAGGACAGAGGUCUUGGUCAGUGGCGCUGUCGGUCGCUGACAUCACCCACAGCAUCAUCACUGACCAGAAGAAGACCCACUCGGUCACCACUCUGGCUCAGGGCUGGGGUGGCAUCAGUGCGGCGGUGUUCCUCAGUCUGCCCUGUGUGUUGGGCGCCUCUGGUUCCACUCGGCUGGCUGGGGUCACUCUGGGCCAGGAGGACGACGGCAAGCUGAAGAAGAGCGUCUCAUCUCUCGACACCCUCAUGUCCCAGCUGCGGCUCUAGCUCUCACAACCCCUACACCCAUCCUAAGGCCUCAGAACCUUAGAACCCCCCCUCCAACCCCAAGGCCUUAGAACCCUCAGCCACAUUAAGGCCUCAGAACCCUCCCACGCCACCACCCCCCACCUACACUAAGGCUUAGAGCCCUCAGCCACCCUAAGGCCUUAUCCCUUUCUUCCCUGUGCUGGAAGGAUUUUUGAUGUUACUGAAGGAUUGAUGAGACUCCUCUCUCUUACUUCCUCAACCCACCUCUUUUAACACUCCCACUGUGGUUAUCCACCACUGUAGUAGUUCACUUGGCAUAGCAAGGGCGUAAUGGGAUGGACACACACACACGUCUCUUAAAGGGCUGCCUGUAGUGCGGGACCAGCAGCCUGGAGUAAUGCCGUAGAUCUGCAGAGAUAACUCACAGGUGACCCGGAGUAACUGGAGUCAUGUGCCUGUUUCAUUGUGCCUGAACCAUGUUGGCGGUACGCCCGUGUAUAUUUAAUCAUGUCUGCACUACUAACAUCUUAUUUAUAUGUGAAGCUAAAUAUUUUGCCUUAAACACAAGAUGCUGUAACUUUGCACUUUUUACAGUAGCUCAAUGUGCAUGUUUAAUGUGCUUAGAGCUAGAACUGACUCCAAAGACUCCACACUCCUAUUUUAAAUGUUUACAUGCAACAUUUUAUUUUGUAAAUAUCCCACCAUGCUUUGUAUAUUUGUGUUUUGAUAUUUUGCCGUCACUAACACCUUAACGUGUUUUUAUCUUGUCUGGCAACAGGGGUUGUGGCCUUCAUAUUACGGUUUAUGCAGCAGUCCAGUAUGUUCACCAUUGACUGAACGUUUUUGUCUAGUUGAUACGAUACAUUAUUGGGCCUUCUAAUCUGGUCAGUGAAAUGAUCAGACCUUAACAAGAGGUGUGUCUGGUACAGAACCUGCUGAUAUAUAUAUUUUGGUGGUGGAGAGUGGUGUAUUUGUUAGAGUUGAUAUGCAAUGAUUGUCUAAUAUACUCUGAUAGAAGCCUCAGCUAGUUUAUAAGAGGCAAGAUGGUGUCAGACGAUGUUUUUUUUUACCAGAUGGAGAAACUGGGGGAAAUCCAAAGCAAUAUAUGAGACAUGGCAAUAAAAUAUAUACAUUUUAUGAUUGUAAA